CGUAUGCUUGGUCUUUACCUUUGUAGAUUUAAUUUCCUAUAAGUUUUUUGCAAUGAAAAUAUUUUUAUGCUUAGCACUUUUUUUAGUGUCUUCAAGUGCUGAAGAAAAAAAAUCUGGAAAAAACCCCAAAGCAGAACCUUUGGAGAAAAAGUUGGACAAACGUGGACUUUUGAAUCUUGGAUAUGGUUAUGGUAUUAAUGGAUUAGACAUUGGAUACAUUGGAGGUAGUGGACAUCAUGGAGGAGCGUAUCAUGCCGCAGCUCCAGUCAUUGAAAAUGCGCCGUUUGCUCACAACUAUGGAGCUCCAAUUUAUUUGGGACAUAAGACUGAUGUUCAGAAAACAAUCACGCAUGUUAAGGGCAUCCCAGUUCCUUAUGAAGUUACUAAACAUGUUCCAUAUGAAGUGCAAAAGCAUGUUCCUUACCCAGUAAAGGUUCCAGUUCCGCAACCAUACGAAGUCGUGAAACACGUGCCAAUUCAUGUUAAAGAAUAUGUGAAAGUCCCAGUUCAUGUACCUUCUCCAUAUCCUGUUGAAAAAAAGGUUCCAUAUCCAGUACAUGUCCCAGUAGAACGUCCAUAUCCCGUUAAAGUUUAUGUUCCAACGCCAUAUGAAGUUAUUAAGAAAGUUCCAUACCCAGUUCAUGUACCCCAACCUUAUCCAGUAGUACAUGAGAAAAAAGUUCCCGUAGAGGUUAUUAGAGAAGUUGAAGUUCCAAGACCGUAUGAAGUUGUUAAACAUGUUCCAGUUGAAGUAAAAGUGCCAGUUGAUAGACCUUACCCUGUCCAUGUACCAGCACCAUAUCCAGUCGAAGUCGAAAAACCAUAUCCCGUUGAAGUUGUUAAACAUGUCAAAGUUCCAGUCCAUGUGACAGUUGAUCGACCAUAUCCAGUUCAAGUUGAAAAGAAGGUUCAUGUUCCAGUUAAAGUUCCUGUUCCAACACCAGUUGAAGUUUACAAGAAAGUUCCUUAUGUAGUAGAAAAGCCAGUUCCAUAUCCUGUGCAUGUUUCAGUCGAUCGACCAUUUAUUCAAGAGAGAAAAAUUCAUUUCCCUGUUGUCCAUGAAAAACCGAUUGGUGUGAAAGUAGCAGUGUCACCACCGAAAUCUUUUGGCGGAAGUUUCAAAUACCCCGAACAUAACUCAUACACUAGUUUUAGUGGAUAUGGUAGCGAGUACAGUUAUCAUCACUAGAAAACGCUAUUAAACAUAAUUUUAUCAUUUUUAAGUUGUGUUUGAACCGCGUUUGUGUUAUACUCGUAAAUUUCCAUGCAAAUAUUUACUUGUCUAUUCUGCUAUCGUUAGAAGAAACUCUCAGAAAUUAUUUACUAUUUAUUUUUUGUUUUCUUUAAAAAAAAAGGAUGUUUUAAGCGUUUUAUCACAAAUAAAAGCAACAUGUUCUAUAAAAAAGUUACUGUGUCC